AUGAAUACAAUAGAAUCGUUAGAUAAAGAAUACAACGAAUUAUUGCAGAAUGAUAAGCAAUUACAAUUUGCUUCACAAGCGAUAAAAAAUUAUAAAAAAGAUAUUGAAAACCUUAAACAAUAUAAAGACACUGCUAAUAAUCACAGUACUACAACUAUCACAACACACAAUCUUAAUACAAAAGCAAGUUUGUUUCCUAAGAAAAGACAUGUAAUUAAUAUAGACGAUAUAUCAAAGAUUAACUACGACGUAAUUAGAAAUACUCCAGGUAAUAUUUCAAUACUGGAUUCACCCAAUUAUGAAGAUAUUGACGCUAUUAAAGCACGAUAUUACAGAUCAAGUCUACACAAGAUGCAUGAUCAAUUCAUAGAUACCUUGAAUGAUAGGUUUUUACAAAAGUCCUUUAGUUCAAGUUCACAAAAUAGUGAAAACAAAAGUGAAGAAGAACAAUUGUCAUUAGAUGAACAACUCUUUAUCCUUUAUAAAAUACAGCAAAAUCUGAUAAAAGAUUACAAACAAAUACAACGUGAACAGCAAAAAUGGUUCCAAUUGAAAGAAUUACUAUUAGACGCAAAUAUACAAUUGGAUCUUUAUAGUAAAAAUGAAUGGGGUCCUGACAAAUUGAAUGAGCAAAAUAAUAACAGCAAUCGCAAAUCCACAUCUUCUACUAACACUUUUAGAAAUCCAAGAAAAAGGCAAAGAAUAAGCAAAUAA